UUUCAGCUCAUCGCCAAUCCACCACAGUUCUUCUUUGGGGUAGCAAGAAAUUUCGCAGUCAUACACGUGGGCUCUCCUACUCCUGGUGAGCCAAAGCGAAUGAACUGUGUAACACAUGCUUUUGUACGAAUAGCCAAUCACUCAAAAUACAAUGUGUAUGGAGUUGAGCGAAGUUGGGAAGGUCUUGCUGAGGGACGGUUCAAGGAGCUUAACUGGGGGAACGUCACUGGAUGGAUGUGCCGUGGAGGUUCUGAACUCGGUUCGAAAAAACAACUACCCACGGAUCUGGAAAAACUUGCCACUGUGCUGGGAGAGCAGAAUAUCGAAGGAUUGCUAAUUGUGGGAGGAUUCGAGGCUUUCCAAUCUGCCCUGGUUCUGAAUGAAGCCCGUAACAAUUAUAAAGCGUUCAACAUUCCAAUUGUUGUGUUACCUUGCUCUAUUGACAACAAUGUACCUGGAGUAAGUUAUGACUUACCCUUAAAAAGCUGA